AUGAAGGAUCCAAUUACUUGUCACAUACUCGAUACCCACCGCGGUAAGCCAGCAGCCUCAGUGCUCGUGCAAUUGUUCACCAUAUCGAGCAUCACCAACGACUUCAACAAGAUCCCCUUUGCACAAGCCAAGACCGAUGCGGACGGAAGGGUCACGAGCUGGACUUUUGAUCCCGACGUCAACUACAACGCCACCGGCGUGCUCAAUGGCAGAUGGGAGAAGUUGGUCCCCGGUCAAUACAAGAUGAAGUUCUUGACUAGCAAGUAUUUCAAGGAGCAAGGCGGAGAGACGUUUUUCCCCUAUGUCGAGAUUACGUUUGAAGUUGGCGAGGGCAAAGGUGACCACUACCAUAUUCCUUUGUUGUUGAGCAAUUACAGCUACACCACGUAUAGAGGAAGUUAG